AUGUAUGAUAAAGUGGCUGUUUUUUUACCACCGCGACCAGUUGAACCAAUAGUUACAGAGGAAAAAACAACAAAAACAAAGACUCCUCAACCACCACCAUCAGCACUUUCAAAAACUGGUAGUGAUGUUGAUGAGCAUCCAUUUAAACGUGAUCCAGCAUUCUAUAUAGUAGCCGAACCAAUUGCGAAUAAAUUUAUGCCCUUGGAACAGUUAAUUGAGCAAUUAAAGUUCCUUGGUUUAAACGUCUUUCCGGAAUCCGAUUCGGACUCAUACGUUAGCGUCAUUAAUAAGAAUCAUAAAUUAGAAUGGUGGGUGUAUCAGCAAAUGGCCAUUGUUUCAUGUUGUACAGCAUUUUCCUAUAGCCAUUGGAAUGCAUUUGUUAAUGAUGAAAUGAAAAUGGUUGUAGGAUGUAAAGAACAUUUACAAGAUUCACCACCAAUGGAUGAGGAUAUGCGUUGUAUUAUAUUCACUAGUGAAUUAGUCGGCUUUACAGAUGUAUCUGAAAGUUCAGCAGAAUUUAUUGAAGCAUCAACAUUUUCAGAUUAUCAUGCUGAAUCGUUUCAUUUGACACGUGAACAAUUUUCACCCGAAGCUCAUUCAAGAACCAUGGAUACAAGUCCUCUAUUUACCGAGACAAUGAAUAAACUUCUGAUGAGUAUUAAACCAUUAACAUUUGCUUAG